GUCAAAAUCGGCAGCUCGAAAUGUAAACAAACAAAAUUGCUUUUGCACAAAAAUGGGAUAAUCUCCAGGCAAAGCGUUUUCCAGCCGGCUAAAUGUAGUAAAAAUUGUGAUAAAUGGAGUGAAAAUGGGUGAAACUCGUGUGGAAUCAUUAGAGGGUCGAUUAGAGUGUCGGCUUUGCCUGCAGGAUGCCGACUUUAUGCUUUCCGUAUUUGGCGAGCGAGGUCAGGAACUGCAGAUGAACCAAAUGCUUCUGCAGCAUUUAAAUCUCACGAUCACUGAAGAUGGAAAUCUUCCAAAGCACAUCUGCCUCAAGUGCUGGCACACGGUAGAGUACAUUGAUUCGUUCGUCCGACAGGUGGUACAAAACCAAUCCAUUCUGGCGAACCGACAGCACGAUGUAACGGGUUACAAUAUCAUAUGCGAAUCGCAACCGAUCGGUGAAAGAAGAAAAAGUUUCGAAUUUAUUAAAGAAGCGAUCGAAGCUCAUUCCAGUCCACCGUCGUACGAUGAGGCACAGAAAACGAAACAGGCAACGAAAGCCGUCGCGAUGAACGAGGAUGAACAGGAGGAAGAACUUAUCGAAAUCAUCGAAGAACCGUACGAUGAGGUUUCGGUAGGGAACGAUAAUGAUCCACAGAAUGUCGUCUACGAUCUGCUGCCACCUGAUGACGAAACUGUGCACGAAGGAGAAGAUUCCCUCAAGAAGGAUUCUCCCAGUGAACCUAACAACACGUCGACCGAAGAAGCUGGUAUUCUCGUUCGGGUGAAUGGCCAUCUAUUUCCACAAAUGAUUCGGGACGGAAGAAUGGCCAUAAAUGGAGACGAGUUGGACAAAUGUUUGGCCGCUUACUACGGGUUGGCGUGUGAACUUUGCCAGCAGCAAAGCUGGACCACAAUUGAGCAACUUUUCAGCCAUCACCGGGAUGUACACGGGGAGCCGGGCUUCGUAAAGUGCUGUGGAAAGAAGAUUGAGAAAAAAUCGCUCAUGGCGAUGCAUUUGGCCAGGCACAUACAACCGGAAGCGUUCGAGUGUCCAAUAUGCAAAAAGAUGAUGACAACGCCCCGCAUACUCAAGUCCCACAUCCAGAACCACCUGCCGGAAGAAGAACGACCGUACAAGUGUGAGCUAUGUCCACGGCGAUUCGGGUACAUCAGCGCCCUUCUAAUACACGCUUCCACACAUCGGGCAGAAAACGAAGAAAAGGGUGUCUACCAUCUGUGCUACAGCUGUGGACGGGCGUUUCGAUCCAGUGAAAAGCUGGCGAACCACAUUACCGAGUCACACAAACCAAACGAUGGCGGCAACAGCAGCAGCUGUGUGUCUUGCGAAACGUGUGGCAAAACGUUCAUAACCAAGAGUAACCUUAACUACCACAUGACCACACACCAGCCGAAGGUGCUGCAUCAGGUGCAGUGUGAGCGUUGCGGGAAGUGGCUCAAAAAUAAGCUUUGCCUUCGGAAGCACCUGCUGCAACACUCGCAGGUACGCCAUGCCUGUGAGCAGUGUGACUAUACAACGGUCAACGUACAAAGCUUGCAGCAUCAUCGGCGGGUUCAGCACACCGAUCACAAACCGUUCGUAUGCGCAACGUGCGGUAAGUCGUUCAAGCUGAAAAGCAACCUCCGGGAACAUACGGCCCAACAUGGGACGGAGAAAAAGUAUUCGUGCGAGUUCUGUUCGCGCCGGUUCACCUCCAAGAGCAACUAUUAUUGUCACCGGAAGCGGAUGCAUACGGCCGAGCUGGAACAGCAAAACCGGCGUAAGGAGCAGGAAGAAAGUGCACAUCGUAUCAAGCUAAAACUACAGAAGUGAGAAAUCGAUCCGUCCGUCCGUUAAGUUCUCAAAAACUCAAAGAGGGUGAGAAUAAAGCGAUAACACUGCUUUUGCAAGCCUAGAA